UUAUUGCGGAGGCAUCUCCUUCUCUUUCCCACCUGCUAUUGUUUCCCUCGCCGACUCCCGGCGAACACCUUCAAGCCUUUCGCCGGAGGAUCGCGGCGAUGCACUCCGCCGCUUCCUCCUCCAGGUGGAUUUGGUCUUCUAAGACCUCCAUGAUCUCGCAUCUCACCACUUCAACUGUUUCCUCCACCUGUUCCUUCUCGAUCUACAAAGCUAGGAGAAGAGACCGAGUCGUUAGGUGCUCGCUGAAUGGAGAUUCUUCUUCUCGUCAGCAAACUGCGGUUGGUCCUGCGGAGGUUUCUUUUCCUAUUACUGAUGAGCUUGAGAGCAGCGCUGUGGAUAAGAAGGAGCCGGUUAGGUUUGCCUUCGUCGAAGACCAGAGAUUCACUCCUCUUAGUCGGAGGCCGAGGUUUAGGCUGCGCUCCAAGUCCUCUAGUAAGCGUCGGUUGUGGUCGAGAAUUUUUUUUGCUUCCAAGAAGGUCAGGAGCAUCAUCAUGCUCAACGUCCUCACUGUCAUCUAUGCCAGUGAUAUUCCAGUCCUCAAAGAAGUUGAAGCAGUUAUGGAGCCAUCAUUCUUUAAUAUGGUGCGAUUUUCUAUCACAGCCAUUCCCUUCCUACCAUUUAUCCUCAGAGAUUGGAGGGAUGGUCAUAUUAGAUCUGCUGGGACAGAACUUGGAUUUUGGGUAAGCUGUGGCUACCUUAGUCAAGCUCUUGGGUUACUAACUUCUGAAGCUGGACAUGCAUCUUUCAUCUCUGCUUUCACAGUGGUCAUUGUUCCCUUUGUAGAUGGAAUGCUUGGAGCACGGAUUCCUCCGUUUAUAUGGUUCGGGGCAAUUGUAUCUCUCAUCGGGGUAGCAUUGCUAGAAUGUGGCGGCACACCUCCUUGCGUUGGUGAUAUCUUGAACUUAUUAAGUGCAAUCUUCUUUGGGAUCCAUAUGCUGAGGACUGAGCACAUAACAAGAUCUACAAGAAAAGAGAAAGUUAUGGCACUCCUUGGCUAUGAGGUCUGCACUGUGGCUUUAUCAACAGUUAUCUGGUUCAUGCUGAAAAAUAUAUUUGGCAACAUGCAUCAGGAAAAUUUAGAAUCAUGGACAUUGUCGAAUAUGUGGGAUCAGAUGAGUUCAUUCCCAUGGAUACCCACAUUGUAUACAGGUGUAUUCUCCACUGGUUUAUGCUUAUGGGCUGAGAUGAAUGCUAUGAAUGAUAUAUCGGCAACUGAAACUGCAAUAGUAUAUGGGUUGGAACCGGUGUGGGGUGCUGCUUUUGCAUGGUUUUUGCUGGGAGAGAGGUGGGGAAGUACUGAAUGGAUUGGAGCUUCUCUUGUAUUAUGUGGCAGCUUAGCAGUCCAGAUACUCAGUUCAAUAUCUGAAAGUUUCAAUGAUGAAAUUAGUGAUGAGCAAAUUCACUUGAAUGCACCACGGAAACAAAAUGAUCUCUCUUUUUCAGCUGUUGUAGUCAAUCAGAAAAAGAACCUAAGCAACUUGAUCAGGAAGCAGGACAAGUUAUAAUUAUAUGCAUUUUGUGGGAAGAGGUUCACUUGCUGCCAUUCUGUAAUACAAGAGGAGCAUACAAGAAUCACACUUUUGUUAUAUGUUGUUGCCUGUAAACAAUUGUGGAGAAUGAAUCUGUUGGCAACUGGCAAGUAAUCUUGCAAGGGCAUGUCUGAUUCGAGAAUUAAAAUUCGAAAAGCCUAUACAAGAUUCUGGUUUGGUGCAGCCGCUACUAGGUUCACAGGAUUAUCACAGAUGGAGAAGCAUGCCAACUGCUGUAUAUUUUGUUCAAGGCGUUCAUCUUGCAAAUUGAUGCCAUUGAGGAAAUAAAUAUGUACAGAAUGUGUGUGUAUAUAUUUUUGGAAAAUCUAUGGUAAUUGAAAUGCAAAGAUGUUGGCUGUUGCCCCCGGUC